AUGGCUAAGGAGUACAAGCUCUCGCAGACACUGUCUGUCCCAUGGACUUGCGAUAGCUACGGGUACUACUCCUUCGACCCGGUCGACUUCCAGGCGCCCGACUUCCCGCUGCAUUUGCGCGUCUCGUACGACGGAGGCACCGCCUGCCUCACGUUCGAGUGGCGUGCAAGCACUGAGCCAAUCGCCAUCUCGCAAGCUGCCUUCAAGUUGACGACGAGCGGUUCGCUCGCUUUGGAGGUGGUUCUUCCGGCGACGCACGUCGACACGGGCUGCGGAGGACAUGCGAAGCGCUAUUGGACGAACCCCACCGGAAGCUGCGGCAGCACGAGCUUCUCCGUCAAGGCGACUUUGACGGCUAGCGCCUCAGGCAAUGCGUGUGCCCAGCUCGUCCAGGAGCGUCAGGCUUCUGCCGAGCUCGCAAGGGAGACCAUGAGCAAGCAGGUGCCGAACGAUGUCGCUCUCGCCUUCCCGCGCAAUCAGCAAGUCCUCUGGUCGACUGAGUCUACUCUCGCCGCCAGCUCUUCUCUUCUUGGCACGUUGCUUCAGUCAGACUUCAAAGAAGGAGUUGCGUGCAUCAAUCUCGACGGCGUCUUCACGUCCCUCGACUUAACGUGCGCCGACCUCCCUUUCGACGACUCGGACGACGAGACGGACAAGUCGGAACUCGUCAAGCCUGUCAAAGCACACGCCAGCACUCUCGCCCCUUUCAAGCUCAUCAAGGUCACGGAGAACUGCUUCGUCACCUACGCCGCUGUUCUCGCCUGCUUGUCCUCGCGCCACAUCGCCUUCGCGCCUCUUCUUUCCAGCUUCAUUGACGAGACCAACAGGUCGCGGACUGCAGCACGCAGGGCGCACCUGGAGCGAUUUGUUGAGCAGCACCCGAACCUGCCCCUACCCGCCUCGCCCAAGUCCGUCUACCGCCUCGCUCACUACCUCGGCCUCGAGCAGCUCGCCAAGGUCGCUCUCAACAACCUCGAGUCGCAAUUGACCCCCAAGAACGCCGCCUGCGAGCUCUUCUCGCGCCUCGCCUGCUGCUACCCGCAACUUAGGGACGUUGUCCUCUCCUACGUCGUCGAAAAUUGGGAAAAAGUGGUCGAGUCCGGAGCCUGGAAGGAAAUGGAGAAGGACGCUGACGCGGGCAAGUUGCCUGCGGAGUUUGUCAAGACGGCGUUGCUGCUCGCCGCCAAGGCGCUCAAGGCGAAGAAGUAG